GUCGGCACCCGGCCCCCCACCAGCCGGGCCAACCGGGCUUCAAAUUCACCGUGGCCGAAUCGUGCGAUCGGAUCAAGGACGAGUUUCAGUUCCUGCAGGCGCAGUACCACAGCCUGAAAGUGGAGUACGACAAGCUGGCCAACGAGAAGACCGAGAUGCAGCGCCAUUACGUGAUGUACUACGAAAUGUCCUACGGGCUGAACAUCGAGAUGCACAAACAGACAGAAAUUGCUAAAAGGCUGAAUACCAUUUUAGCACAGAUUAUGCCUUUUCUGUCACAAGAGCACCAACAGCAAGUUGCACAGGCUGUUGAACGUGCCAAGCAAGUGACAAUGACGGAGUUGAAUGCUAUCAUCGGGGUACGUGGACUUCCCAAUCUGCCUCUCACCCAGCAGCAGCUCCAGGCUCAGCACCUCUCCCACGCCGCCCAUGGGCCCCCGGUUCAGCUGCCGCCGCACCCCUCUGGCCUGCAGCCCCCCGGCAUCCCGCCCGUCACCGGCAGCAGUUCGGGGCUGCUGGCGCUUGGCGCGUUGGGCAGCCAGGCACACCUGGCCGUCAAGGAUGAGAAGAACCACCACGACCUGGACCACAGAGAGCGGGACUCGAGCGCGAAUAACUCCGUUUCGCCCUCGGAAAGCCUGAGAGCCAGCGAGAAGCACCGGAGCUCCACAGACUACAGCAUUGACUCCAAAAAGCGGAAAGCAGAGGAGAAGGACAGCAUGAGCCGAUAUGACAGCGAUGGUGACAAAAGUGAUGACCUCGUCGUUGACGUCUCCAAUGAGGACCCUGCCACCCCCCGGGUCAGCCCGGCCCACUCCCCACCAGAGAACGGCCUGGACAAAGCUCGUGGGCUGAAGAAGGGGGAUGCACCCAACAGCCCAGCCUCGGUUGCCUCCUCCAGCAGCACUCCCUCCUCCAAGACUAAAGACUUGGGCCACAAUGACAAAUCGUCAACGCCUGGACUCAAGUCCAACACUCCCACACCGAGGAAUGAUGCCCCAACCCCAGGGACAAGCAGCACCCCGGGGCUGAGGCCAAUGCCCGGCAAGCCGAGUGGCAUGGACCCACUGGCCUCAGCCCUGCGGACGCCCAUCUCCAUCGCGGGUUCCUACGCAGCCCCGUUUGCCAUGAUGGGGCACCACGAGAUGAACGGCUCUCUGACCAGCCCUGGUGCCUAUGCUGGCCUGCACAACAUCCCCCCGCAGAUGAGUGCUGCUGCCGCCGCCGCCGCUGCCUAUGGCCGGUCGCCAAUGGUGAGCUUUGGAGCUGUUGGCUUCGACCCACACCCGCCCAUGCGGGCCCCUGGGCUGCCCACCAGCCUGGCAUCCAUCCCCGGAGGAAAGCCAGCUUACUCGUUUCAUGUCAGCGCUGACGGGCAGAUGCAGCCGGUCCCCUUUCCCCACGACGCCCUGGCUGGCCCUGGCAUCCCCCGGCACGCGCGGCAGAUCAACACGCUGAGCCAUGGUGAGGUGGUGUGUGCCGUCACCAUCAGCAACCCCACCCGGCACGUGUACACAGGGGGCAAGGGCUGCGUGAAGAUCUGGGACAUCAGCCAGCCGGGCAGCAAGAGCCCCAUCUCUCAGCUGGACUGCCUGAACAGGGAUAACUACAUCCGCUCCUGCAAGCUGCUUCCCGACGGCCGCACGCUGAUCGUUGGGGGGGAGGCCAGCACGCUCACCAUUUGGGACCUGGCUUCCCCCACACCCCGCAUCAAGGCUGAGCUCACCUCCUCAGCGCCCGCCUGCUAUGCGUUGGCCAUCAGCCCCGAUGCCAAAGUCUGCUUCUCCUGCUGCAGCGACGGCAACAUCGCCGUGUGGGACCUGCACAACCAGACCCUGGUCAGGCAAUUCCAAGGCCACACAGAUGGUGCCAGCUGCAUAGACAUCUCACACGAUGGUACGAAGCUGUGGACAGGGGGACUGGACAACACGGUGCGCUCCUGGGACCUGCGGGAAGGGCGACAGCUGCAGCAGCACGACUUCACCUCCCAGAUCUUCUCACUGGGGUAUUGCCCCACGGGCGAGUGGCUGGCAGUGGGCAUGGAGAGCAGCAACGUGGAAGUGCUGCACCACACCAAGCCUGAUAAGUACCAGCUGCACCUGCACGAGAGCUGCGUCCUCUCCCUCAAGUUCGCCUACUGCGGCAAAUGGUUCGUGAGCACGGGGAAGGACAACCUGCUCAACGCAUGGAGGACGCCCUAUGGGGCAAGCAUCUUCCAGUCCAAGGAAUCCUCGUCGGUCUUAAGCUGCGACAUUUCAGCAGAUGACAAAUACAUCGUCACGGGCUCUGGGGACAAGAAGGCCACAGUCUACGAGGUCAUCUACUAAGGGGACGCAGUGGUGGUGCCGCAGGCUCGGCUCUGGAGCAGCGCUCGGGGCAGCACUGGGAUGGGAUCGCUCGCUGGAGCUGCACCUCUGUGCCCGCCCGGCACCCGCAUGGAUUUAUUUGGAGGUCUGCAAACAUGGCACACACGUCGAAGCCCUGAACGAAUUUUUGGUUUGGUUUUAGGGUUUUGGGCUAUUUUUUUUUUCCCUUUUUUUUUUUGUCUUUUUAAUUUUUUUUUAUUUUUUUGGUUUCCUGGUUCUUUCCGUCUGCGCUUUGGUGGCACUAUAAAGGACUUAUUUUUUAUCGUGACUUUUUUUUUUUCCCCUUUUGGUGCAUCCCGCAUUAAGACUUGUGAAAAUUGUAAAUACCGGACUAGUACAUAGCAUGGGAAGGGUGGGGGACCCUCCCGGUACACUAGGUGUGUAUUUUCGUCUGCUGUAAUUGUAUUCCACUGAUGGUUUUGGUGGUGGCAAUUUUUAUUAUUAUUAUUUUUUUUUUUUCCUCCCCACCUCCCUCCCUUCCUCCUCCCCCAUUGCAUCCAUUUGGGAUGCGACCCCGGACGUGCAGCGCGUAACCGGACUGAGCAAAGUGUCCUCUGGUGAAGUCGUUCCUCCUGUGGUCCCCGUGCGUUGUUUGGUGGUGUGUGUGCGGACGCUGUCGGGGCUGUGCUGAGCUCGGUCGGAUCCCCGGCUGCUGCCGGACGUCGGCGACACAAUCACGUUUUUAUAUGGAUUUUUUUUUUCUUUUUUUUUUUUUUUUGUGCUCGUAUGUUUGAAGAAAAAGGGGAAGCCCACGAUCCGGGAAUCAUCCGCUCGAGCCCUUCUUGGUCUUCGGACAUAAAGCAACGAGGAGUGAUUUCAAAGAAAGCAUAGUAAAAUUCAGCUCAGGGAGCCACGAAAGAUAAUAGCAACUUAAUGUGUUUUGUAUUCAAAUGAAAGUAAAGAAUUAGAAUUGAUAACCUUUAAAAUACAGUUUUUUUAAAGCAAAGUUGACUAACAAGUAGGGUUUGUGUGUGGUGGGGGGAAGGGGCUUGGGUAGGGUCCUGUGGCUGUAUGGGCUCGUGGCUGCUGGUCUGUAGGUCCCGAAGAAGCAACACCCAUCCCCACACAAGCCUGCAUUGCAGCAUUUUGUACUAAAGGGUUUAAAAAAGAACAAGAAAACGGGAAAUAAAAGUAUUUGUGUAGCAGAA